AUGGACCAAGAAGAUUCAUGUCAAGAAGUGAAAAGAGUUUCUUCGUUAGAGCAUAUCGCUAGUGAACCCGAUUCGAUAUCUUGUUUGGAUUCGGACUCUUGUCUAUCGGAAGAGCAGGUGGGAGGAAUCGAUAUCAGUUUGUCUCCACUGUGUAACCAAUACAAGGAUAAGAUGAGGAUUGUUGAUUCUAAUCCUUGUGAUUGUGUUUUGGUAUCUGAUGAAGAAAUCGUUGAGUCUAUGUAUCAGAAUCUCUUGAGAAUCGUCAUCUCAUUGCAAUUACAAGGUAACAAUAGUGAGAUUUGUUGUUUUGAUCGCUGCAAGACGCCUCCUUCACGGCUUUCCGACACUGGAACGGUUCCUGAUACUUGUCCUGGAGCUCCGAUGAAGCUCACUAAGGUAUCCAGGAACAUUGAUUCUGGGUUGAGAAGAAAACUCUUCUGA